GUUUAUAUGGUGGAUAACUAAGUCCCUGGGAAGCAAUUGAGGUUCACGGUUCUGAAGAGUUACAGCCAACGAUAAAAUAUCCAACCUUGUGAGCUCACCUCCUUUGCUGAGAAGAGAAGAAAGAAGUCAAUCCAGAAACUUCCAGGACUCCAGACCCAAGCCUAUGAGAAUCAAUCACCAUUGUAGAGACCAACAAGGAGUCAGAAUGAAAGCACUUGCAGUAUUGGGAAUUACAAUGAUUUUAGCCUGUACUGGCAUUUUCUACCCUUUCAUCUUGAGAGGCAAAGACUUCUUUUGGGGAAAGACUGAAAAAUCUCAUGUUAUCAGCAUUUUGGAAGAAAGUAAACUCAUGGUGGAUAAUGCUAUCUACAAUACAAUGGAAAGAAACCUGAAGAAAAGGGAAAUAAAUUCCCCGGCCCAGCUUCUGUCUUUUUCCAAACUCCCUGAGCCGACUAGCCGAGCUAUAUCCCGAGCAGCAGAGAUAAUGGAAACUUCAGUACAAAUGAUGAAAAGAAAAGUUUACCUGAAUCUUAAACAAUCGCAGCUCCCGACUGAUGCUUUAUCAGAAGAUCUACUGAAUACAAUUGCAAAUAUAUCUGGAUGCCUGCCUUACAUGUUACCACCAAAAUGUCCAAAUUCUUGCCUAGCAAGCAAAUACAGACUUAUCACAGGAGCUUGCAAUAACAGAGACCAUCCCAGGUGGGGAGCCUCCAACACAGCCCUGGCCAGAUGGCUUCCUCCAGUCUAUGAAGAUGGGAUCAGUCAGCCCAAAGGCUGGAACCAUAACUUCUUGUACAAUGGGUUUCCACUGCCCCUGGUACGGGAGGUGACAAGACAAGUGAUUCAAGUUUCAAAUGAGGCUGUUACAGAGGAUGACCAAUAUUCUGAUCUCCUGAUGGUGUGGGGACAAUAUAUUGAUCAUGACAUUGCAUUCACGCCUCAGAGCACCAGUAAAGCUGCAUUUUGGGGAGGAAUUGAUUGUCAGCUGACAUGUGAGAACCAAAACCCAUGUUUUCCCAUACAGCUCCCUCUCAACGAUUCGCUCACCACGGGCAUCGAGUGUUUGCCCUUUUACCGCUCUUCUGCCGCUUGCAGCACCGGGGACCAAGGAGCUGUCUUUGGAAACCUCUCCGAGUCAAAUCCGAGACAACAGAUGAACGGGUUGACCUCGUUCCUCGACGCGUCAACCGUCUACGGCAGCUCUCCUGCCUUGGAAAAGAAGUUGAGGAACUGGACCAGCGAGGAAGGGCUGCUCCGGGUCAACGGGCGCUACCGGGACGCCGGCCGCGCAUACCUGCCCUUCGCGCCUCGGCGGGAGCCCUCGCCCUGUGCGCAGGAGCCCGGCGCCGACGGCGCGGACCACGUCGAGUGCUUCUUGGCCGGGGACGGCCGUGCCAGCGAGGUCAUCUCCCUGACGGCCGUGCACACGCUGUGGCUGCGCGAGCACAACCGCCUGGCCGCUGCGCUCAAGGCUCUCAACGCGCACUGGAGCGCGGACACGGUCUACCAGGAGGCGCGCAAAAUCGUGGGCGCCCUGCAUCAGAUUGUUACUAUACGAGAUUACAUUCCAAAAAUCCUGGGCCCCAAGGCCUUCCAGCAGUAUGUGGGUCUCUAUGAAGGCUAUGAUUCCACUGUGAACCCGACAGUGUCCAAUGUGUUUUCCACGGCUGCAUUCCGCUUUGGGCACGCCACAGUUCAUCCCCAGGUCAGGCGGCUUGAUGCCAACUUCCAGGAGCAUCCAGAUCUCCCAAGGUUACAGCUCCACGACGUCUUCUUUAGUCCAUGGAGACUUAUCAAGGAAGGUGGUUUGGACCCACUGGUAAGGGGCCUUCUUGCAAGAUCAGCCAAAUUGCAAGUGCAGGAUCAACUGAUGAAUGAGGAACUGACAGAAAAACUCUUUGUGCUGUCGAAUUCAGGCACUUUGGAUUUGGCAUCAUUGAAUCUGCAGAGGGGCCGAGACCACGGCCUGCCAGGUUACAAUGAAUGGAGAGAAUUCUGUGGCUUGCCAAGACUGGAGACUCCAGCUGACUUAAGCACUGCCAUCUCCAACAGAAGUAUUGUUGAAAAGAUAAUGGACUUAUACAAGCAUCCUGAUAAUAUUGAUGUCUGGCUAGGUGGCUUAGCUGAAAACUUCCUUCCAAGGGCUCGAACAGGUCCCCUGUUUGCAUGUAUCAUUGGAAAACAAAUGAAGGCCCUGAGGGAAGGUGACAGGUUUUGGUGGGAAAACAACCACAUAUUUACCGAAGCUCAGAGGCAUGAACUGGCAAAGCACUCUUUAUCCCGGAUAAUCUGUGACAACACUGGCCUCAGCAGAGUGCCAGUUGACGCCUUUCAAGUUGGAAAAUUUCCCCAGAACUUUGAAUCAUGUGAAAACAUCCUAGGGAUGAACUUAGAAGUAUGGAGGGAAAUCUUUCAUCAAGAUGACAAGUGUGGUUUCCCGGAUAAAGUGGAUAAUGGGGACUUUGUGUACUGUGAUGAAUCUGGAAAACGUGUCUUGGUGUAUUCCUGUCAUCAUGGAUACGAGCUUCAAGGUCAAGAACAGAUCACUUGCACAGACAAAGGAUGGGAUUUCAAGCCACCGAUCUGUAAAGAUAUCAAUGAAUGCAAAGAUUUAAUGAACCCUCCAUGCCAUCGCUCUGCCGAAUGCAAGAACACCAAGGGCAGCUUCCAGUGUCUCUGUACAGACCCUUACAUAUUAGGAGAAGAUGAAAGAACCUGUGUGGAUUCUGGAAGACUCCCGAAAGCGUCUUUAGUCUCCAUUGUGCUGGGCGCCCUGCUCGUCAGCGGCCUGGCAACGCUGACCUGGACGGUGAUUUGCAGGUGGUAA